AUGAGUGGUUUUCCAGAAGAGGUCCACGCUGUGGGAGAUGAUCACGUUCAAGAAGAAUUCAUUGAAAACAACGAAGUUGAGCAAGAAUACGUUGUAGACGAAAACGCAGGAGCACCAAUGGACGAUGACGAUGAUGAAGAAGAUGAAGGUGAAGAAGGCCCGGAAGAACCAAUUGAGAUAGAUAUGUCGAACAACUCUUACACUUAUUUCGACAAACAUUCAGACUCGAUUUUUACGGUAUCUCAGCAUCCUAAACUGCCUCUCGUCUGUACUGGCGGUGGCGAUAACGUUGCAUAUCUGUGGACUUCGCAUUCACAACCUCCGAAAUUUGCCGGUACGAUAACACAUUCUGAAUCUGUCAUUGCUGGUGAUUUCAGUUGUGAUGGCAAAUUUUUGAUCACCGCCGACAUGAAUGGACAAGUGCUGGUACAUAAGGCUGUCAAAGGUGGCCAACAAUGGAAUAAGUGUGCAGAGUUACAUGAAGUGGAAGAAGUCACAUGGCUGAAGGUUCACCCCACGGUAGCCGGUAUAUUCGCUUUUGGUGCCGUAGAUGGGUCCGUUUGGUGUUAUCAAAUAAAUUCGAACUCGGGCAGUUUGGAACAACUGAUGAGCGGUUUCGCGCAUCAACAAGACUGUACGAUGGGUGAGUUCGUCGAUGUGGAAUUGGGAGAUACGGCAGUGACUCUAGUCACGUGCUCGCUCGAUAGUACUAUAGUCGGUUGGAACUGUUUUACGGGCCAAAAUCUCUUCAAGAUAUCACAAUCGGAGCUUAGAGGUAUUGAAGCGCCUUGGGUUUCGCUUGCACGCGCUCCAGCGUCCAAAUCUGCGUCUGUCAUUGCAUGUGGUGCGAAUAACGGUGUUUUGGCCAUUGUGAACUGUCAAAACGGCGCCGUCUUACAACUUUCCACCGUAAUCGAGCUUAAGCCUGAACAAGACGAAUUAGACGCAUCUAUUGAAUCCAUUGCAUGGUCUCCCAAGUUCCCGUUGCUAGCCAUUGGUCUAGUUUCGGGUGAAGUUUUGCUUUACGAAACGCAAAGCUGGAGAGUGCGUCACAAGUUUGUUCUUGAGGAUUCCGUUACAAAGUUGAAAUUCGAGUCCGAAAACGGGUGUUUUCUUUUCGCUUCGUGCAUCAAUGGGAAAGUUUAUGAGUACGACGCUAGGAAUGGACAAGAAGUUCAUGUUUGCUUGGGCCACAACAUGGGAGUCUUGGAUUUCGUAUUAUCAGAAGACGGUAAAAAACUGAUCACAGCAGGGGACGAAGGUGUCUCUUUGUUGUUCCAGUUGCCAUAA